CCCCAAGAAGUAAGAACCCACCCUCCUCGAACCUUCUGGAAACUCCACGCCCCUCGGCGUUGGAGAUUUCUUGAGCCCCAAGCCAAGUCGCGGUCCGAACCUAAUCCACCGUCGUACGGUGAGCGCGAAGCAGAGGGUCGUAGCUGUAGUCGGUUAUCUUCGCCCUCUCUUCGUCUUUACAUAUAACGGACGAGUCAUUGGUUCACAGUCAAUCAAAAUAAAUCAACGUGAAUUCUUCUGUGGCAAAAACUCAUCCGUUUAUUAGCGAUUGUUGGAAGGCUCCGGAAAUCUUGGGGAGAUGAAUCGGAUUGUGAUGAGGAAUUUCUUUCGGGGUCUGAUUAAUGGGAGAAGCUUCAGUUCGAUUGCCGGUGCCGGCGCCGGUGUUGGUGGUGUGAGGGUUUCUUUGGCGGCGGUGGCCUCGCCGGGGACGAAGUAUCAACCGGUGACCGAUGGGGGAUUCCAUUGGCGGAGGAUGUUGAGCUCGUCGGCGGCGAUGGCGGAGGAACAGGGGAAGGAGAAACUAGAACACAGGAUAAAGGAUGUAGAGAAUCAGGAGCAGGAGAAGGAGAAGGAGAAGGAGAAGGAGAAGGAGAAGGAUAAUGCUCUGGUUUCUAGCUAUUGGGGGAUUUACAGGCCGAAGAUUACUAGAGAAGACGGCUCCGACUGGCCAUGGAAUUGCUUUAUGCCAUGGGAAACCUACAGAGCGGACGUAUCAAUUGAUCUUGGGAAGCACCACGAGCCGAAAGCUUUUCUGGACAAAGUCGCUUACCGCGUUGUGAAGCUUCUUCGAAUUCCAACUGAUAUCUUCUUCCAGAGGCGGUAUGGUUGUCGGGCCGUGAUGCUCGAGACGGUGGCAGCCGUCCCGGGGAUGGUCGGAGGGAUGCUGCUGCAUCUGAAAUCUCUGAGAAAGUUUGAGCACAGUGGAGGGUGGAUCAAGGCCUUGCUUGAAGAAGCAGAGAAUGAGAGGAUGCAUCUAAUGACCAUGAUUGAGCUUGUGCAGCCCAAGUGGUACGAGCGGCUGCUGGUGAUCACAGUGCAGGGCGUCUUCUUCAAUGCCUUCUUUGUGCUCUAUCUGAUGUCCCCAAAAUUGGCUCAUAGAAUUGUUGGCUAUUUGGAAGAGGAAGCCAUCCAUUCCUACACCGAGUACUUGAAGGAUAUUGAGAACGGUAAGAUCGAGAACGUGCCCGCUCCCGCCAUUGCCAUCGACUACUGGAGGCUGCCUAAGGAUGCAAGGUUGAAGGAUGUCAUCAUGGUUAUUCGGGCCGAUGAGGCGCACCACCGCGAUGUCAACCAUUUUGCUUCUGACAUCCAUUUCCAAGGAAAGGAACUGAAAGAAUCAGCAGCCCCUCUUGGAUAUCACUAAACCCAUUAUUUGGUUUAUUUUUUUGGAUUAGUACUAAACAGAUAUACUACUUGUAAUAGUACUCGCUAUUUGGGUGCCAGUCAACACUCCCCGACCGCUACAGAGAAAAGGUAUUUCUCUCUUCUAUUCGUAACAAAUUUAAUAGUAGUCCGAAAACAUAAGUGCUGCCGAGUAAGCACGUGAGUAUUAUUCUAUUACUUGUUGUUUUGUAGUCAGGUGUACAAGUAGAAAUAGAAAUGAGUUCGUUUGUCUCAAUUUCUAGUCAAUGUGUUGUAAUUUGUAAAUAGAGUAUCACUUGAAUCUACAACCAAUAAAGCUCUUAAUAAGUUUUGCAUGU